CUCUCUUUUGCAUUUUCCCUUUUUUUUCCUUACCAAAGCAUUCAAAGACACUGUUGAGAAACCAGACCCCUAGUCGUUUGCUGACAAUAUCUCACCUAGGAUUCAGCGAAACUUGCUGUUUUAGGAAACGUUUCUUCCUCGUUGUGAUUUGGUCUGGUCUACAAAUGGGGCGGCACUCUUGCUGUUACAAGCAGAAGCUAAGGAAAGGUCUUUGGUCUCCUGAAGAAGACGAAAAGCUCUUAAGGCAUAUCACCAAGUACGGCCAUGGCUGCUGGAGUUCUGUCCCUAAACAAGCUGGUCUGCAGAGGUGUGGAAAGAGCUGCAGAUUAAGGUGGAUUAAUUAUUUGAGGCCUGAUUUAAAGAGAGGUGCAUUCUCUCAGGAAGAAAAAAAUCUCAUAAUUGAACUUCAUGCAGUUUUGGGUAACAGGUGGUCCCAAAUUGCUGCACAACUGCCGGGAAGAACCGACAACGAAAUUAAGAAUCUAUGGAACUCUUGCUUGAAGAAGAAGCUUAGGCAGAGGGGCAUUGAUCCUGUCACUCACAAACCCCUCUCCGAGGUUGAAAAUGGGGAAGACAACAAGGGUCAACAGCACACCAACCGCAAGGACAUGACGGCUUCGGACAAUCCGAAGACUGGAACGUCAGUUACAGUACAAGAUGUACGUUACCGAUCGGAAAUGGAAGGCUCUCCGAGCUCCAAGACAAUGAACAUCAACAACAACAAUGGAAACAACCACACCAACGACCAGCAGCCAUCUGAUUUGGUGGGGCAUCUACCGAUUCAACAAUUGAACUAUGCGUCAAAUGCCAGGCUCUCGAACCAAACUCUCUGGUUCAAUCAAACUAGGCAAGCGUUCGAUAUCGAUUCCGAAUUAUCUUCGGCAACGAUGACCACUUUUCUCCCGCCAUCCACGAAUCCGUUCCCCUCUGCUCCGAUGGGGUUCAAGCCUUCCGUAGCUGUAAAUGGUUCCCACUAUUGGGAAACCGGUGCGGCCUCAGCUAACAACAGCAACAGCACCAGCACCGAGCUACAAAGCAACGGUUCUUUCUACGAGAACAAUAGCUCCUCUUGGGGAUUAGCAGAUUGCAGCACACCAGAGAAAGAAGCUUCUCCAAACCCAAUUCAUCUAAUGGAAACUCAAGCUGAUGAAAUCAAAUGGGCUGAAUAUCUGAAUAACCCAUUGUUAAUGGCGGCUGCUUUGCAGAACCAAACUCAACAAUCCAUGUACAACAUCGACUUCAAAUCGGAAACAGAUUUCCUCACAAAUAAUUCGUCAAACACCAUGUGGCCUCGUAAUCAACAGCAAGAAGAACCUAUACAAAAUUCUAGCAUGUGGGGAACUUGAAUUGAACUAAUGCAACUCUCUCACAUAUCAGGUGUGCAUCACAGAUUUUUCUUUUCGUUUUUUGGUCUUUAAUUGUCGUGUAUAGGUCUGAUACAAAGAUUAAUUAUCAUCUCUGAGUAUAUGUGAGCAAAUCACGCUUUGUUUUUAGCUUAUUUUCUUGCUUUUGUGGGGUAGAAUUCUGCAGAAUAAGGCUUGCUCCGGUGUCUUUUAGUCUGCUUUGCCUCUUUGCAAAUGGCCAUAUGCGAGGUUUGGAAUGUUGGAAUUCUAUAUGUAAACAACUGUUGAUAAAAUUAAGAAGAAGAUAUAUGGUUCGUCCAUGGCCAUGGGGUUUUAAGCA